AUGUCUUCCACAUUUAAACCUGCGGACCCCGCCGACUCAUCUAGUUCAGCCCCCAAAACCAAUGCACCAAAUCUCACAGCAAACAACGGAGGUCACACCUCUUCUGUCCCUUUUCCAGGCCCAUCGCACUCCCCCAAAAAGUCGCCUCAAAUUGAUAUCGAUUUGCAUCCGCCCUUCCCUUGGGAUUCCCUUAAAGCUGAAAGCCUCCGUGCAGUAUGCAGAGACAUCGUAGGAGCGAGCGUUGGCGGGACCCACGUUAACGUAGGUGGGAAGAGGGGAGAAAUGAUUGCUUUCUUGAAGGUCGUCGAGGAACUAGGCAGGGAUAAGGCCCUCGAAUUGGAUUUUCACGAUGCAGAGGAACCUUCUGCCACGGAAAGCAAUCGUAAACGCAAGCGGACCCUUGGAGAAGGUGACACAGCUGAAGCGAAAACAGCGGAAUCAGGAGAUGAUAAAUCUGGGCCAACGACGAGCCCGCGGCGCACGAUGAGGACACGCAAGUUAUCCACACGAGCGGGCAAUACGAACGGUGUUUCAACGCCUGCACAAGAAAGGACAGCAAGAAGAAAGAGUCGUGGUGCGGCGAAAUAUGUUGUCGAUGAUAAGGAGGGAAAAUCGGAGGGAAAGAGGAGGAAAGGAAAGACCGCUGAUGUACCUUCUAAGCGUGGUGGAGGGGUAUUCGAUGGUGUUUUGUUGACUCCUCGUAAAGUUUCCGGGAACGGUGGUACUCAGAGGGAAGGUGUCAAUGCGGUAGAAAAGGAUGGGGAUGGGGAGCAGCAGCAGGAACAGGAAGAGGAGGGACAGAGGGGAAGUGAUGUUGGCCCGGAAGACGCCGGGAGCGAUGUUGCAGUAAAAGAAACAAGGCGGGAACCUGUUGUCAUCAUGGUGGAAAGAACUGUCGAGACAGUUGUAGAUCCUGUGAUUCCAGGUCCUUCUUCUUCGUUGGCAGGUCUUGACUCCACAAACGUGGAACAACUACCCGAAAACGGAGGUCUAUCUAAGGACACACUCGUUAUCAACACCUCACUUCAAGAUGACGAGGAAGAAGACGUUGAAAUGGAUCUUGGAUCGCCUUUUUCGGCCAGUCCUGAAGCGACGGCGAUUACAUUGGGAAAAAAGGUAGUGCAAGGCGAGGACAGUCAACAAGCCCCGGGAGCUGGCCCUCCUGAAGCGAAUAGUUAUACGACCAUGCAGGCUACAGGGGGGUCAUCACUGAUAGCUCAGUAUGAGAGCUCAGAGGGCUCAGUGAGCUCAGAGCCGGAUGAACUGAACCUCACUGUCUUUGCAUAAGGAUGACGAAGUCCUUGCGACUCCCAAUCUAGUCUUUUGUAUCGCAACAGCAAUGUUGAUAAGAGUGAGACACUAUCUAUCACAUGGCGCUGGCGUAUUGCAUGCAUCUCAACGUCAAAAUAUCUUUCAUCGUUAUAUGUUUAUGUUCCGAGAGUCAUGGUCUUCGCAAAAUGGAGCACGCACAGGUGUUGUUUGUUCGGCAAGGUUUCUGGGUCAACCUUCUAAUAUGGCAUGUGAUAUGUAAAAUUUGCUCUACCAAGAUAAGCUUCUCUACUGACAGUUCUUGUGCUGCAUAACCUGUGUAUUACGAAAGUAUAAUGAUGCUGAUCGAGGAUCGAGGAUCGUUAUCAUAAUUUUCAAAGAGUCUGUGUUACUGUACUUUUUUAGCCACAUCACGCAUCGCUUGGAUUUCGGUACUAGUUGUGGUUGCCGCGGCGUACUAAUUCAAGUGUCUUUACUC